UGGGCAUGGGGCCAAGAGCAGGGGAGGAGAUGCUGGGACGGAAGUGGAGGGUUCUAGGAAAAAAGUGAGCUUCAAGCUACUUGGAAGUGAUUCCCCAGGGGGCACAGAAAGGGUGGUUUGCCCACUUUCUAGUCUUUUCCUGGACUCUAAAGAUAUGUAAGCUCUAAGGGAUGUGUGGAUUCCUAUAGGACCCGGUUUGCUAGGCCCCUAUCACCCUGUGUCCUGAUGCCCACCUCUUACCAACACUGCAGGGAGGUGGAGAUACCAGUCUAAGGCACUGGGUGUUCUCUCUCUCUCUCUCUCUCUCUCUCUCUCUUUCUCUCUCUCUCUCCCCUUUUUCUGUCUCUAUCUCUGUCUGUCUCUAUCCGCCCCCCAUUUUGUCUUUCUUCCCCAUCUCUAAGCAACUCUCCAAAUUUGUCCUGAGUGAACAUGUCCUGACUGAUUCUUCUCCCAUAGUGCUAAGCCUGGAAGCGCAGGACACAAGCUCCAGAUCCCUCAGCACCUGGUAGUCCCACUCUUGUUGUCUAGAGGAGAAAUAGGGGUUUAGAAACUGAGGGAAGACCUUAGGAAACAGGAGGGACCCAGAGCCCAGUGCUGGCCUUAGAUCUGAUUGUCCUUCCUGCUCUGUGACCAAAAGUGGCCAGUCCUGUCCUGAGCAUUGCUUGUGCCAUUUUAACCCCAGCCCCUCUCUAUGGAAGGUGGGGACUCCAGCAAGGAUACCACUAUGGGAGUGGCCCAGUGGAGGAGGUGGAGGUGGCCCCAGCAGGAACUCCAAGGAGCUCAGAACUCAACUGCCCAUUCUGCAGCACUCAGGACUGUGUGGAGGAGGCCACCAGGAAGGGCUUUUUCAGUCCCAGCAGGUCUGCUGGGCAGUCCUCCUGCAUGUGUGUGAGGAGUUUGACACAAACCUAAGGAGCACAACUCUGGCCAGACCUUAAGGAGGAAUAGGAAGGGGGUCUAGUCAGCAACUUGGAUUUCUCAAAGCAACCCAUGCCAAGGGUGCCCCAGACUAGGUACCAGUACUGUUCUGUUCCCAUGAUAUCUGGACAAAGGCAACUAAGAGUUGCUAGUUCAGAAAGAGGGUCUUGACCAGGCUUUCCUGCCUCUGCCUCCCCCCCCCCCCCCCCAGGUCAGAUCUUACACCCUUAUCACUGCCUUGGCCUUUCUAGUCAUGUGAACCAGAGAGGAGACUGGGGCUUUUAAAGAAUCCUACACAAGCUGAUAGGGUCCCAGUGUCCAUGUGUCCUCUCACUCACCCACAAGAGAGCUUGGUGGCACAGCCAGGCAGAACUGUGGCUCAGGCCCCAGCUGGCCUCCUUGAUGGCUUCCUCCAUGGUCCCACCCUUCACCUGAUGUCACCCCUUUCCCCACUCCUCCUUCCUAAACCCUUCAGGGAAGUUCUAAGAGCAACAACAGGUACUCCAGAGAAAUUCAAGGCCUGGCCUCAGCUUCUGAGACACAGCCACAGUAGCAGUUCAGGCCCUGAGAAACAUAGCCUUGCAGCUGCUCUGAGAUCUUCAGAAUAGAGAUCCCAGCACACCUCACAGAGAUGUCCUAGCCCUGACUCUCCUUCCCCUCUGCCACACCAGGCCUCUCCUUCUCCCUAGUCCCUUGGACCCCUGACCUCCCACCCCCACCCCAAAGAAUCUAGCGUUAUCACUGAGGUCAGCCCUGGCUGCAGGCAGGAAGACUUUGCUCCCCAAGACAGGUACAAGGACAAAGCAGGUCCCCAGAGCCAAGACUCCAAGAUGGAGUGCAGUAUAAGAAAGGGAAGGAGAAGACAAUGGCUCCCAGGGAACCUGCCAGUAUGACUGUGCCCCUAGGAGCCAGGGGAUAUGCCUUGCUACAUUUGAAAGGAGCAGGGAGACAGGCCUGAGCCCUUGUGAACACGAGGGUGCCCUGUUUCCUCCCCCCCACCCAGGGCAACUCGGUUUCAAAUGUGAAAUUGGUACCCAGAGCCACCACUUGCCCAUCUUUGCCCCCCUGGGACAGCCCCAGUCAAGGCUCCUUAACCUGCUUCCCUGAACCCCUUUGUCACAUACAAGGGAGAGGGAUAUCCCCAGCUGGGACUGCAGUCCUUGGAGCUGUGCUGGAGAAGGGCAGGGGGGAGGGGGCCGGGCAGAGCCCAGAGGCCAUUCUGAGGGUGGGAAACGGGGUGGGAGGUGGGGCAGGCCUCUUGGGGUUUCUGACGACACCUGAAUGGAGUGAAAAGGAAAGAACUUAGGAACGGGACUCACGUCUACCAUUUGUGCUGUUUGUUUCUUUUUAUUUUGAUUUUUUUGCAUUUCCGCUUAGCUUGGAUAAUGAAACUACACUGGUCAGUUUCAUUCCAGUUUCUAUAAAACUCAGUUUCCCUCCUGGUUUUCUUACACUUGUUGCUGUGUAUUGGUUCAGAGCCCCCCCAGGGGGUGUUGGAAAGCAGGCAGGCACACUCUGUAACCCUCUUGUUUUUCUGGAAGUCAGUGCCAAAAGAAAGUGUCACUGAUACUGAAUUUUGUUUUUGUUUUUUGUUUUUUGUUUUUUUUUUUAAAGAAAACUUAAGGGGACUUGAAAAUGGGGGUCCAAACCAAGGUGACUGUCUCCUGUCUGGGCCUCCUCUUGCCGUUUUCUCCUCUUCUCUCCGUGUGUUUGUUGAGCACGGUUGGUGCGUGACUCUUGGGGACUGGUUCAGGGGAUGAUGACAGAACAAGACUCUUUCCAGCCCUGUGCAUACACCAGUGGCAUGCCGCCCUCUCCCAUCCGCUCAUCUCCUCCAUCCCCAGCUUCCCCCACCCCAUCCCACCCCAUCUGCCUGCUCAUCUUCACUUCAUCUCCACCUGCCCUGUGAGCUCCGAGACCCUGGCUCCCUCCAGUGCCUGGGCCACAGCCUCAUCCUUCAUCCUUCCUUCUCCAGGUGAGGGCAGCACACAUGGCAUUAUCCCCAGGCUACUAAAAGGAGAAACUGAGGCCCGGGAGGUGGGUGGGGAACAGGAACAGCAGAGGUCCUGACCUCUCUGCCACCCCAGAUGUAGCCCAUGGGCUCUCUUCUCUGCCCUUCUCUCACCCUGUUCUUCUCCAGCCCCAGGUUCAGACCUUCUCAGAGUCAGAGGUGACGCCUACAGGAAGGACUAGAAAGGCUGCAGCCUGCUGCCCCUUCCGACCCAGCCCCAAUUCCCCCGAAAAUCUUAGAGUCAUCCUGUUUGAAUGGGAGCCACAGCCACCAGCCAGCCACCCACACCCGAUGCAGACUCCUUUCAUGUUGAUAAAAGGAGACAUCUGGCUCCUUCUACGCUGGUCUGGCUCCAAGGCAGAAAGGCCAAAGGCCCUGCUUACACUUAGAACCUUCUCUGAGGAAGCCUGAGUCUCCACACACAGGACUGUAGAGAGAACUAGGAGUAUCCAAGAGCCCCUAAAGGAACUAACACCCCACAGCAUAGCACUGGCUAUCAGUCCUCCUGCCCCCUCACCUGACAACCUAUCCCCCAAGACCUUUUCUUUAUCCAUUGAGAAGGAGCACCCCUCUCUCAGACAGGUGCAAGGCUAACACCAGAACACUGCACUGAUCCCAUGACCCCACCUAGAACUGUGCAGGACAGUAGCCCUGAGCAGGCAGGCAGACUAGUUCAGGUUGAGUGUGAGGCAGGGACACAGGGGUCUAUUUAUAGUUGUCACUGUUCUUCAAGAUUCAUGGGACGACAGCACUUAAUCCCUUCUUGCCCCUUCACUUGACUGUUCUCUCUUAAACACACACACACACACACACACACACACACACACACACACACACACACACUUAUAUACAUGGUUUCCCUGCCUCUAAGAGCCUAGCUAGUGGCAGACAAUGGACACAGUCAAGCCUGUUCCUUUCCUGUUACUUUGUGGAACCCAAGAGUCAUUUCCACUUCUGGGUCUUUAUCCUCUACUCCCAAAGGUGCUUCUGUUUGAAAAAAGAAUCACUUCACUCACUUUUAAUCCCCCACAUCAGGGCCCAGGAGCAAAGGAAGAAGAGCUGAGCCUGGCUGGAGUCAGUUGGGAAGCCUUGGCUACUUCCUCCAUCUUCCUGGGCUAAAGUGACUAGGGACAAGGGUCAGGGAUCAGAGAUAGUAAUGAGGGGCUCAUCCCCUAAGCCACACUAUUCAAUCGAGUGAGCAUGCAUUGCUAUUGCCCAUGCUCAAUAGUUGUACUUCCCAGCCAGACCUCCAAAUGCGUGUGCACCUGUGCUCCACCACCACAGUGUCCAGUUCCCUCCUUCCCGAACCCAGGGAUACCACAGGCCCAGAGAAACACCGGUGAGCAACCCACAAGCCACUACCCUUCCGUAUUCCUCUAGAUUAGACGCCACAGGGUUUUCGUGAUUAUCUAUCAUAGCCAAUGGCUAACGCCUAACUAUAAGGCCAAGGGCUCUCUUGUUAUGCUCAGUAGAAGGCUAAGGCAGAGACUUCUCACCUCCUAAGGAAUUCCAGGUUGGCUAAUGUUGCACAGUGACCUGGGACCGAGGGGCUUCCCUAGCUCCUAAGGAACGGCAGGCCAGGGCAGCAGACCCUGAAGACAUCCAUGUCUAAGGGUUAGCUCAGCCCUGUCUGUGAGCUUCUCUCAGGUGACUCGCCUUCCUGGGGUUCAGAAGAAAGCACAGGACUGGGCAUGUCUCCUAGAAAUCUACGAAACUGGGACUUGCUUAAGGGGAGAGGUGGCAGCCAGAGACCAGAAGGAAGUGUACCUUGAGGGUAUGACAGGGUCAGGGAGAAGGGGGUGGGUGGUGCCUGGGACCAGCAAGGGAGUCAAGAUUUGAGGAGAUCCAGGUCGGAGCCAGGACAAAGCCCGGCCACAGUGGAAGAACAGGUCCCAGGGCAGGCAGGCCAAGGCUGGCUUCCAGCCGGCUCCUGUACACAACAGGGUCCCGGUUAGGCUGCUCUAAGUUUCCCCGAACCAGGUGUCAGGAAGGCAGCUGUGGGACGCUAGCAACUCCACCUCUCCUCCAGCUCUCCAGUCCCCCACUUAGUUUUCCUCACACCUACUGCCUUAGGGCAGGCAGCCUUCUCCAAAGUAUACCCUCUAAAAAGUGCCUUCUGUUCCCAGACAGCCAGAGCUAUAGCACGAGACCCUGUCUCAAAAUACACAAACAAGACUUCCUAGGCCAAAUAAGUUUGUCUAGUUCAGUUAUUAUCUCCUCUGCUAAUGGAGACUGCCACUCUACAGGAACCCUGGGGGAUGGAUUUCCCAAACACACUGGACCACAGAUCUCUCUCUCUGAGAGAGCAGAUCAAAUACCUCCCAGGUCCCUUUGGUCCUGAGCACACAGUGUGAGAACAGCCUAGCAGAAUUCUACUUUGAGUGUUCUGGGAGCUGUUCCAUAGAGAAGGAAACUUGCCCAGAGUCCUGGAGAGAAUCCUUCCAUGGGGCCUGGAGGAGUGACACCAGGAACUUGUAUCCCAUAAUAAGUCUGCCUGCCUGGCACCUGGAAGCUACAGUUCUGGCUUCCCGAGGGGCACCAGGCAGGUAAGAAGAAAAGUUUCCCCCUCCCCAACCAAUAGGACAGUUAGUCUUAAUAACCCCCCACCUUCCCCACCCAACUUCCCUAACUCAUCCUCCUCCCCGCCCCACCCCGCCUGCCCCAUCCCCCACAGAGCCACAUGGAUUAAAGCGUCUGUAAGGAGAUGACAGAGCCCUCCGCCCAGUUCCCCGGCUCCAGCCCCUUCGGCUACAGUGUGACCCCCGAGCGCCUGACCUGGUUCCUCACUCAUCCUGCGCACUUUGACUUCUAGCCUUAGCCUCGUGGGUGAUGCCAGUUUGUUCUGUGAUUUUUCCCCUUUUCCUUCUCCAGAUGUCCAAACGGAUUCUUCGGACAGAGAUGUUUGGAGAAACUGCCUUUGCGAUUGUACAUGCCAGAUCCUAAGCAAAGUGUCCUGUGGGAUACACCGGGGACAGGUGUCAGCAGUUCGCAAUGGUCAACUUCUCCAAGCACCUUGGAUUUGAAUUGAAGGAGGCUGAGGAGCUGUACCAGAAGAGAGUGCUGACAAUUACUGGUAUCUGUGUGGCCCUGCUGGUCGUGGGCAUCGUCUGUGUGGUCGCCUACUGCAAGACCAAAAAACAGAGGAGGCAGAUGCAUCAUCAUCUCCGGCAGAACAUGUGCCCAGCCCACCAGAACCGAAGCCUGGCCAACGGGCCCAGCCACCCUCGGCUGGACCCUGAGGAGAUCCAGAUGGCAGAUUACAUCUCCAAAAAUGUGCCAGCUACAGACCACGUGAUCCGGAGGGAAGCUGAGACCACGUUCUCUGGGAGCCACUCCUGUUCACCUUCUCACCACUGCUCCACAGCCACGCCCACCUCCAGCCACAGACAUGAGAGCCACACGUGGAGCCUGGAACGUUCAGAGAGCCUGACCUCGGAUUCCCAGUCAGGCAUCAUGCUAUCAUCAGUAGGCACCAGCAAGUGCAACAGCCCAGCAUGUGUGGAGGCACGGGCGCGGAGGGCAGCAGCCUACAGCCAGGAGGAGCGGCGCAGGGCUGCCAUGCCACCCUACCAUGACUCCAUAGACUCGCUGCGUGACUCUCCACACAGUGAAAGGUACGUGUCAGCCUUGACCACGCCCGCUCGCCUCUCGCCCGUGGACUUCCACUACUCGCUGGCCACGCAGGUGCCGACUUUCGAGAUCACGUCGCCCAACUCUGCGCAUGCCGUGUCGCUGCCGCCCGCCGCGCCCAUCAGCUACCGCCUGGCGGAGCAGCAGCCGCUCCUGCGGCAUCCAGCGCCGCCCGGCCCGGGGCCGGGGUCGGGGCCCGGAGCGGACAUGCAGCGCAGCUACGACAGCUACUACUACCCUGCGGCGGGGCCCGGGCCGCGGCGCAGCGCCUGCGCGCUGGGAGGCAGCUUGGGCAGCCUGCCCGCCAGCCCCUUCCGCAUCCCGGAGGACGACGAGUACGAGACCACGCAGGAGUGCGCGCCCCCGCCGCCGCCGCGGCCGCGCACGCGCGGCGCGUCCCGCAGGACGUCGGCGGGGCCGCGGCGCUGGCGGCGCUCCCGGCUCAACGGGUUGGCGGCGCAGCGCGCACGCGCGGCGCGGGACUCGCUGUCAUUGAGCAGCGGUUCGGGCUGCGGCUCGGCGUCGGCCUCGGACGACGACGCGGACGACGCGGACGGGGCGCUGGCGGCCGAGAGCACGCCAUUCCUCGGCCUGCGAGCGGCGCACGACGCGUUGCGCUCGGACUCGCCGCCGCUGUGCCCCGCGGCCGACAGCAGGACUUACUACUCCCUGGACAGCCACAGCACGCGCGCCAGCAGCAGACACAGCCGGGGGCCGCCCACGAGGGCCAAGCAGGACUCGGGGCCCCUCUAAGGCCCCCCGCCUCGCCCGCCCCACGUCUCCAAGGAGAGCGGAGACCACCGACUGGAGAGGGAAAAGGAGCGAACAAAGAAAUAAAAAUAUUUUUAUUUUCUAUAAAAGGAAAAAAGUAUAACAAAAUGUUUUAUUUUCAUUUUAGCAAAAAAAAUUGUCUUAUAAUACUAGCUAACGGCAAAGACGUUUUUAUAGGGAAACUAUUUAUAUGUAACAUCCUGAUUUACAGCUUCGGAAAAAAAAAAAGAAACAACAAAAAAAAAAAUAAGAGAGAUGGGCCAAUUUUUUGACUCUUUAAUAGAAACCUAUAUUGUGGUGCCUUUUGCUGUACGCUAAUCUGGGGCUCCUGGAGAGCCGUCUGGGGUGCAGUGUGAGGGUGGGCGCUUGUAGGAUCCCAAACUGGUGGGGGUGAGAAAGGGCAGGGAAAGAAGAGACUGUGAGGUUCUAAUGGCUCUGAGGAAAGUGGACAAUGAGGAAGAAAAUGAAGAUAAGAUGUAAUUGUAUUUUCCCCAGUCCUGAGCAGAGAAGGCAGGGAUGUUAGCCUUAGAGCUGGAAUUGAGAUUGGGUUAUCUCCAAGGACACUGGCCUCCCCGCUACAGCAACUAGAAUGGGGAAGGGUCCUCCCCAGCCCUCACAGCUGCUAAGGGAAAGAGGACAGAGAAGGCUGUCUCCCCACCAGCCCCCUGCCGAGGGAGGGGGCAGCUCUACCAGGGGCCCAACCUUCAGGGCUCCUCCUCCCUGGCGGCCUCCAGGACAUCCUCUGUCCUCUGCAGCGCCUUCGUUUACAGGUCGUCUUUUCUAUUUUACGCCUGCAUGUCCUUUGCAUUUCGGAUUCUUUAGAUUGAAUGCAUGGUCACGCUGGGACCCAGAAGAGCCACUCCGACAGUGUAUUCGAUUCCCCUUUUAGCAAUAAAGUAACACCAUGUCCUUCUCACAGCCCAGCUCCCAACCCACCUAUGACUUCCAUCUUCCAAUCCUGCCCUCCCCAGCCAGCCCUCACAACUGGAUCCAAUGCUAAUUUGUCAAAAAAGGCAAUUGUCUAAAAAGCAAACAAAAAUCCCAAACAGAAACAAAUGGGAACCCUGACAUGUCCGAACACCUGACUGUUGACACUUGAACAUUUUUAUAUUAUAAAUAAAAUCAGAAAUAACUCC